UAUUAUUCCAUCAGCAUACUGUGGCUAUGCCUCAAACUGCGCUUUUGCAGCCAUGGUAGACAGGCCGGUAGUUGACGACGGCGGUUUUCCCAGCCCGCAUGCGAACACGUCAGGUUAAUCAACUCGCAGAGGUUGUCUGGUCAUCUUGUCCCUCUCUUCGACAGUCCUGAUUGUGUGGCUGGAGAUUGGGCGUGUUAUAAGAGCUUACAUAGCUGAUGGUCCACCUAUGCACAAAACUCCAUUUUGACCAUAAACAUAGUGUACUUUACUUGGGCUACUGGUUGCUUGGUCACCCGAGAUGAGAUCUAAGGCGAGAUGCCGUGAUCAGAUGGCCAUACUGCUGCUCCUCCUCGCAGUCAUCUGCCAAAUUGCCACUAGUCACACCCUGACCCAUUUGAUACAGUAUCUCAGAAGGCCAUUUGCGAAUGAAUCCAUUACAAGCACGAAACUAUGGCCUUUGACAAGCUCUUUGUCAGCUGGUCCAUCAGCUUCUGGCAAGACAACUCGUUUGCAUCGUCCUUCGAUGAUUUCACAACCACUAGCUUGAUGACAAGUCACAUGAGCGUAAUACCUCCCGAAAGUGUAGCUGGUACCUUAACUUCCGCCUUGUUACCUUCUGCCAUCGAUGGGGAAACUACCUGGUCUGUCGUCAGCUCCAUCGAUUCUGCAACAGAAACCAGCACCACUUCCAAUACAGAUGAUUCAGACGUCUCUUUUGGGUCUCUGUCUUUAUCGACCGCGAUCACCCAGAGUCCGGCACUUCUAGAGACGUCAACACCUACAGCUACAACCCAUUUCAUCACGACAUUGAAGCGGCCCGAAACUCUGACUAUAAUGUCGGCAGCAUGCCUGACAAGUUCACAUCGCUUACAGAUGACACAGAAUGACUCUCCUCACAGACAUCCACCAGCCAUCCAUGCCUGGAUAAAACCUGAAGUGUAUUUCUGGUCUUCGUACAGUCUUUCCAACUCUGAGACCUUGAUUAAGCGCAAGACGGUGCACAGUUUCGAUACUGCACACAAAAGCUGCGUGUGGCAUACUUUCCAGUUGUUUCCUAAAUCGGAUAUUGCGAUCACAUUUCGUACUCACAAAUGGAGGAGCUUAGGCCACCAACAGCAAAUCCAUCAGUCCAGCUAGCACCUGCUGAUUACAAAACUACGAGAAAUGGAACCACGCACCAAGUCAUCAAACGGUGCUCAAUUGAAAUGCUCCAAGUCGGGCAAGGUUCAUGUCAAAAGGAUAUGUCUCUGGCUUUUAUUCAAACUGCAUGUGGAGGGCUGUCAAUGGCGACAAUUGUAUUUCGACGUUUGACCCCGCAUCGACGACGGCGAUUCGUGGUGCUAAAAAGCUGGAAGACAUCGCCCACAGCAGCA